CGUUUGUCUCUCUCCGAAAUGUCGUUGGAAAAACCCAUACAGUGUAAAACACGGUAUUUGACUGUCGUUUUCAUCCCUGGAGCCAAGAGGCAAAAGAGGUUGUCAUCCACAAUCAUUUUUAAAUCAAAAUCACCAAAAUUAAUUUUCUCCGCUCGGGAAAUAUCAUCCAUAAAUCCAAUUAAGACUUCCUCUUCUUCUUGCUCAUAUAUCUUCCUUGUCUGUUCUUUUCUCCUCUUCAUGAAAAGAUGGAAACCACAAGCAGGCCAUGGUUCUUUCUUGCUGUUUUUCUCUUCUUCACUUUCAAGAUCCAUUUCUCCAUGGCAGCUGAUAGCAUCUCUCUAACCCAACCUCUCUCUGGAAAUUUCACCAUAACCUCCGAAGGUGGAAAAUUUGAAUUGGGUUUCUUCACGCCAGGUCACUCCCAAAAAUACUACAUAGGCAUCUGGUUCAAGAAAGUCUCCCAACAAACCGUCGUUUGGGUGGCCAACAGAGAAACACCCCUUCCCGAUGCUUCGUCGCAUCUAAAAAUAUCAGAACAAGAUGGAAAUCUAGUCCUCAUCAACCGCACCAAAAUCCCAACUUGGUCGUCGAAUUCGACCUCUAAAAUCUCAAAUCCCACUGUUGCUGUCCUUCUCGACACUGGAAAUCUUGUUCUGAGAGAAGUGUCCAAUUCGUCUUCUGUGAUUUGGCAUAGCUUUGAUCACCCAACUGAUACAUGGCUACCUGGUCAACGAUUUGGAUUGAACAAAAUCACUGGACUACGCCAGCGCCUUAUUUCUUGGAGUAAUUCAGAAGAUCCCGCUCCAGGUGCCUUCUCUCUUCAGAUAGAACAAGAUGGAACCAAUCAGUAUUUUAUGCUGCAGAAUGAUUCUUAUAGGUACUGGAGUAGUGGUAUAUGGAACGGUAAUAACUUCCCUUCAGUUCGAUUACAAGGCUACCGUCAAAUUAACGACUGGAUCAGCCUCAGUUACAUCACAAACAGAAACGAGAACUACUUCACCUUUCUCUAUAGUAAUGCUUCCAUCGUUGCAAGAACAGUGAUGAGCACGUCAGGGCAGUUGAAGCAAUCAAUAUGGUCUAAGGACAACGGGAAGUGGACUUUUUUUUGGUUCAUUCCGCAAGAUCAAUGUGAGGUUUAUGGUGCCUGCGGGUCUUUCAGUGUGUGUAAUGCAAACAGCUUGCCCUCCUGUCAAUGUUUGCAGGGUUUUCGCCCGCGCUCUUCGAAAGAUUGGGGAAUGGGGGACUGGAGUGGUGGGUGUGUAAGGGAGACCCAUUUGCAGUGCAGUGAUAACAGCUCCAUUGGUGGAGAAAACGAUGUCUUUCUUCCAAUACCUAACAUGCGAUUGCCUGUAAAUCCUCAAUCCUUGACAGCAGGGAGAGCUAAAGAAUGUGAACUAGCUUGCUUCAAUGACUGUUCUUGUACUGCUUAUGCCUACAACAGUAGGAGGUGUUUUAUAUGGAAUGGAGAUCUGUCGAAUCUUCGACAACUAUCCAACAAUGAUGUUGAAGGAAGUGAUCUUUAUCUCCGUCUUGCAGCAUCUCGUAGAACUGGUAAGGGAGUGGCUGCUGGUGUUAUUGUAGGCAGUAGCAUUGGGAUGGUAGCAUUUUUUGUCAUUGUUUUGGUGAUAAUUUGGAGAUGCCAAAGGAAAUUAUUGAGUCGUGCAUCAACAGCAGUUACUGGUUCUUUGGUUGCAUUCAGGUAUACAGAUUUACGAAGCGCAACCAAUGAUUUCGCAGAGAAGUUAGGAGGAGGAAGCUUCGGUUCUGUUUUCAAAGGGACCUUGCUGGAUUCUUCUGUUGUAGCUGUGAAGAAACUGGAAGGCCUUAGACAAGGGGAGAAGCAGUUCCAGUCAGAAGUGAGCACGAUUGGGAUGAUCCAACACAUUAAUCUGGUUCGCCUUCGUGGGUUCUGCUCUGAAGGCAGUAAAAGGUUGCUGGUUUAUGAUUUCAUGCCAAACGGGUCUUUAGAUUCUCAUCUGUUUAGGAAGGAUUCUGAUGUCUUAGACUGGAAAACGCGGUAUCAAAUUGCACUCGGAACUGCUAAAGGAUUAGCUUAUCUCCAUGAGGAAUGCAGAGAAUGCAUAAUACAUUGCGACAUAAAGCCCGAGAACAUACUUUUGGAUGCUGCGUUUUGUCCCAAAGUGGCAGAUUUCGGCAUGGCAAAGCUUGUCAGCAGGGAUUUCAGCCGAGUACUGACGACCAUGAGAGGAACCAUAGGGUAUCUUGCACCGGAAUGGAUUCAUGGGGUAGCUAUAACGGCAAAAGCUGAUGUUUACAGUUACGGAAUGAUGAUUUUCGAACUUGUAUGGGGAAAUAGAAACUUCAAGCAUUCUGGAAUUUCUGGGGUUUCUUAUUUCCCUGUUUGGGCAGCAGGCAAGAUCAAAGAAGGUAAUGUCCUCUGCUUAUUAGAUCAUAGAUUAGAGGGUAAUGCUGAUAUGGAAGAACUCAACAGAGCUUGCAGAGUUGCUUGUUGGUGUGUUCAAGAGAAUGAGGCAUCUCGACCGUCAAUGGGUCAGGUUGUUCAAAUUCUGGAGGGAGUUUUAGAGGUAAGUGUGCCGCCGAUUCCGAGAUUUCUUCAAAAUCUUGUAGACAAUGAGACAGUAACUUAACUCACACUGAUAGAAGGGUUAUAUAGAUUACCAAGAGUGCUAUCCACCAUUCCUUGGUGGUGACUCAUCCGCUUUAGAGAGCAUACAUUGCCAGAGAUCACACUGAUCUAAAGAUCUGUCUAAAUUGGUGGCCGUCAAUUGGAUGGUUAAAAGUAAAAUGGUCAGCUUCAGCAUGCAAUGGAUAAUAUCGGAAGGUCUGAUAAUCCAAUCAGUGUGGUUUAUUUUGGCUAUGCUCCAUCCUAAAAGGGCCCAUGAUUUAGACAAUCUAGAUUGAUUUCCGUAGUCCAUGUAUGUCAUGUGUAUGGUGGAUGAAUCACCAUUAAUCAAGAUAUAUAAGGGUAGCAAAUGCAUACAGUUGUCUAGUC